UUUUAGCAGUACUUCAACAUCACUUUCGGUUUCAAAGUUAACUUCCGGUUUCAAACCCAUGCAAUAAUAUUAGCUUUACGCAUGUGCUUGUAUUAUGCGGGGAUGAACAGAUAUUGUUUACAUUCUGUAUAAGCAGUGAAAUUCAAAAUAGUUGUGAUGUCGAUUUGCAGAUUGCCAGCUGAAGUUUUAGAAGUGAUAUUUCAAAAUUUAGAUGGCUGGUCAUUUUCAAGAGCCAAAGAAGUUUGCAAAUGCUGGUGCGAUGUUAUCAAAACAAUGCAAAAGAAUCAAAGACUUUGGCAAAAAUUUUGUGUUCUGGAGAUACCAGAAGGAGUUAUUGAAGAUGUUUUAUCUUUCAAGAGUAUACCGUUUGGAAACUUGAUUAUGGAUUGGUCAGCUCUUUACAAAAAAUGGUAUAGAGGAAGAAUGAUUAAAGGGAAACACUUUCAUAUUAAAAAUAUUCAAUAUCGUUUGAAUCCUGUGAUAUGCAUGAAAAUUUCAGGUUCCUGGAUUAUUGCAGGCCACAGUAAUGGUUUUCUUUCUGUAUGGAAUCUGCAUACUGGGGAAUUGUCUCAGAAAAGACGGUGUCAUUUGAAAAUGGUUACUGAUAUGGCUUUAGUUGAUCUAUUAAAUCUAGGUUCUUAUUAUGGAUCAGAGAAUUUACCUUGGGCUCAUCAUCACAUCAUUACUGUAUCUAAAGACACAUGCAUCAGAAUAAUGUCUUUAUUAGAGCAUAUAGGUAGUUCCGAGUCUGAAAUAGUUUUGAACAAACAUGGUGAUGUCAUAUAUUCUGUAAGGAUUUUUGGAAAACAGUUUGUGGUGGGGAGUCGUGAUAACACCGUGACUUUGUGGCAUUUAGAAUUAAAGAGGAAUCCUGUUCUUCAUUUGGAAGUUACAUUAUUGCAGACUAUAAUAGGUCCAGCAGAUAUGUUACUGGGAUUGGGUUUCUGGUACAAUACGAUUUAUUGUAUUUCUCAAGCAGAUAGAUUAAGAAUCCAUGAUUUUGAAAGAGAUAAAUGGGUUGAACAACGUUAUUUCAAGUCACGUUUAUCGAAAGGGAUUGAGGAGGUCAAAGGUUUAUUCAAUUGGCCUGUCAUUACAUCAUAUUUUGCAUUUCGUGAUCAAAUCAUAAUUAUGUUCACUGCAAGUGGGAAAAUGGUAAUCUCCAUUAAUGAAAACAACUAUAAGGUGUAUACCCUGAUGAACACAUUAGAAAGCCUAGUAGUUGGUGUAGCAUUGCAAGGUACAAUUUUAGCACUUGGAGGGGAAAAUGGAAGACUUUAUUUAUAUUAUGUCCCUGAUAGCAAAUCACUCUUAGAACUUGAUUUAAGAAAUCCAACUUUUCAAUAUACUCUUAGUGAAGCAUCAAUUGUGUCGGUUGACAUCCUUUAUGACUAUGAUUCACCAACAGUUGUGGCAUCUACAAAUGAAAGUUUGUAUGUAAUUAAAUGGUAUAAAAACAGUGCAACUAAAUCAAAUGAAUCACAAAUGCAUUUAUGUUCAUAAUAAAAAAUGUAUUAUAUUGUAUGAUAAAUAUUUU